CAGCUUCUGAGGGAAGGGGCGGGGACGCCACGCCCUGGAGGCGUGGCUAGACUGAGGGGGCGUGUCUCCCUUAGCCCCGCCCCUCCCCUAGGCUCCGCCCCGCUGCAGGGGAAGAUGGCGGCGGCGCGGGCGAGCGGGAGCGCGGUGCUGCGGCGGCUGCGGGGCGGCGGCGGGGCCCCCGGCGGAGCGCGGGGGUACUCGAGGGAUGCCGAGGGCAGCUGGUUCCGCUCCCUCUUUGUGCACAAGGUGGAUCCCCGCAAGGACGCCCAUUCCAACCUCCUCUCCAAGAAGGAGACCAGCAACCUCUACAAGAUCCAGUUUCACAAUGUGAAGCCGGAGUGUCUGGAUGCCUACAACAGCCUGACAGAGGAGGUGCUACCCAAGCUUCACUUGGAUGCCGACUACCCCUGCGACCUGGUGGGGAACUGGAACACGUGGUACGGCGAGCAGGACCAGGCAGUGCAUCUCUGGCGCUUCUCCGGUGGGUACCCGGCCCUCAUGGACUGCAUGAACAAGCUCAAACAGAACAAGGAGUACCUGGACUUCCGCAAGGAGAGGAGCCGGAUGCUGCUGUCCCGCAGGAACCAGCUGCUCCUGGAGUUCAGCUUCUGGAACGAACCCCUGCCACGCCAGGGACCAAACAUCUACGAGCUGAGGACCUACAAGCUGAAGCCAGGGACCAUGAUCGAAUGGGGCAACAACUGGGCUCGGGCCAUUAAGUACCGUCAGGAGAACCAGGAGGCGGUCGGUGGGUUCUUCUCCCAGAUUGGGGAGCUGUACGUCGUGCACCACCUCUGGGCCUACAAGGACCUGCAGUCCCGGGAGGAGACGAGGAACGCGGCCUGGAGGAAGAGGGGCUGGGACGAGAACGUGUAUUACACGGUCCCGCUGAUCCGGACCAUGGAGUCGCGGAUAAUGAUUCCUCUGAAGAUCUCGCCCCUGCAGUGAGCGGGGGUCCGUGUCGGGGUGACUGCCUGCACCCGGAGGGGCUCGCUCCCCGCCUGCACCCCAGCCCUGCUGGGGAAGGGCUGGGGGGGUCUCUGCUCCCCCAUGGCUCCUGGCUCUCCUUCACCUCCCCACCCCAUUUUGGGGUGCUCUGUGGGGGAUCAGAGUGGGGAGGGCUCUGCGGGUGGGAAGGGGAA